AUGGCUUCCGGAUACAACUCAGCGUUCUCCGCGUCCACCCAGCACCGCGCGUUGGGUGACGGCCGCUCCUCUCUUAGCCAAGAUGGUGGAUCGGUGGGAGGCAGCUGGAACGAUGGGCUUUACAAGACGGGGCGGAACGGUCGAUCUGGUUCUGGUGGGAGUGCAACGACCGGCACAAGGGGGGCAUCUUCGUUGGCACCGUCUGUUGGUGGACCGGGAAGCUUCAGUGCGGAGCUGAGGAGCAUGACCUCCCGAAGUGUCACCCCGCGAGCGGACGGCACAUAUGCAAGGCGAGCAAGUCGAUCAGUGGGCGAAGACGAUAUGCCUACCACUGAGGAGCGACAGGCUAUCAUCCGGGACAAGAUUGCGAAGGAGAUGAAGAUCAAAACCGGUACCGAAAACAUGCUUGAGGCUCUCUUGUCGAAACCACCAAAGCAGACCAAGGAACAGCGAUUGAAGAUUGAGUCAGAGUUGAGUUCGUCUAACCGGAAAUUGGCCGAGUUGCAGAACGAGCUCGAAGAAGAGCUGCUUCGUGCGCAAGCGCCCGCCACAACACCCCCACGAAGCCGUCUGUCGAGCCUGUUCCGUACAAGCCCUGUGCGCUCGCCAUCUCGAAAUCCAAAGGAACGAUCUGAUUUACAGGAAAACGGCCAUUUACAGGAGGACGAAGCCGAUUCGGAAUCGCCAACAUUCGUGCUCUCAGAAACGCUCCAGGCUCUCGAAGUUGAUGGCAUGUCUCCCGAUUUCUAUGUCGAGCGUGCCAACAACCUCGUCGAGCUGUUCAAACGACAUCCGACUCUCAAAUAUGACCUCGCGUGGCCUGUCUUUGGCUUGCGGGUACAAGUCAUGCUUCUGAGUGACAGCAAAGAAGUCGUGGCAGCUGGUUAUCGAUUAACUCGAUACGCAAUCGCUGAUCGCAAAUCACUUCAGACUAUUCGAGCACUCCACACUGACGAGCUUGUCAUUUUGUCGCUGGUCAAGGAAAGCAAAGCAAGCAUCGAGCGCGAGCAAGCUCUCAAAUUUGUGAGGGCUUUCCUUGAUGUUAAAGACGGUGUUAAAGAGAUCCCUGGCGCCAUUGUGCGCACGAUUGUAUCCAUCGCUGAGCAUCACGACGAUCGCUUGCGAAACAUCUCAAUAAUGACUUUAGCGGAGAUCUUGGUCAAGGAUCCUGAAUUGAUAGCAUCUGUGAACGGACUGGGCGCCCUGCACGAUGCUCUGGCCGAAGGCACGUUUGGUGCAUCUGAAAGCCUCAUUUCUUGUUUUCUGCAUGUCCUCGAUACUCCUCGAAGUCGUAAAUACCUCCAGGGUUACGAACUCGAGGCUGUCCUAGCGCCGUUCACCGAUUCUCUAGCCGAUACUUUGAAGACUGGUCGGCUAAAGACCGCGGCGCGCGCCAUCUCUGCGAUGCUAAAGACUUGGCCUGGCCUAGUGGUUCUUUCUAGAGAAGACGCAAAACCUCUUCGCUCCCUUCUCGAGUCUCUUCAUUAUCCUGAUACGCAGGCUAGGGAUCUGAUUUUGGAAUUACUCUUUGACGCCCUACGAAUCAAGCCUCCCUCGUGGUCAUCUUCGUUUUUGGCAGGCAGAAGAUUAACCACAUACGGCCGUGUAUCGAAUUUGCGAUCAGAGACUGACUUUGCAGGCUCUCGAGCUUAUCAAGAGAGUAGCGCGAACCGAUUCGAUCUGACAGCGCAUUUCUCCACAUUGGUCCUUGCAGCUUUGGUCGCCGCCGGCUUGCCGCAGGCGCUUUCGGAACUCAUAGAAGAUGAGACGGAACUAUCACUUCGACGCAAAGCUACUCUCCUCCUUACCGAGGUCCUCAAGAUGGCCCACCAUUCCUUACCCGCUACGACCAGUGCAGACUUGCAGGUGCUUGCCCAUCUUCUGCCGGCUGCUGUUCAAUUUGACACGGAGAAGCACGAUGUCUCAACGGCAACCAUUUUCCAGAUUGAAAGUAUCAACCGCACGCUAGCGCGAUCUGGCGGGUAUUCAAGCGGAACGGGCAGAUACAACUUGGACCCAGAUCUAUCUGUACCUGGUUUGCUCCCUAAUGAACACGCCAAAGACAAGCUGAGUGCAUCCAUGGACGAACAGACAUUCCGAACAGCGAUUUUGGAGACCCAUGUCUUGAAUUCGGUCAAUUACAUGAAAUGGAAAUGGGAUCUGAUUCACCGUCUUGUUGAGGGUCCUUUGACCAACUCGAAGCGCAUGGAUGAAGCGAUCAAAGGCUCCAAAUUCAUGAAGAGACUCCUCGGAUUCUACCGUCCCUUCAAAUAUCGCUUUGCCAUGGUCCCGAAUACAAAACCAAAUCAAAGAUACGUACGCACUGGCUGCGCACUUAUGCGGACUUUGCUUGCGACUCCAGAGGGCAUCAAGUAUCUGGCCGAGAACAAGUUCUUGCGACAAGUCGCGGAAUGCUUGGCUCAACUGGACCGCAUGAGUGGAUUGACAUCGGCUUCUCCGCUGUUCUCUCGAGAGCAAAUGUCCAGUACCUUGAGCGGGGGUUACUUCGCGAUGUUGGGCGCGCUGAGUGCUGAUGCACGGGGUCUACUCAUGAUGGAGAGAUGGCACAUGCUGAACAUGUUCUACCACAUCAUCGAGCUUCAAGAUCGGAAUGAUCUCAUUCAGACUCUACUUGGUAACAUGGACUAUAGCCGGGCGAGUCACCUUCGUGUCAUCCUUUCUAAGGCUCUCACGAUUGGCUCCAAAGAUAUUCGCAUAUUUGCCACAAAGCUGCUCCGCAAAUAUGCAGUUGGAACGGUCGGUGUGUCACCUCAAUUGACUAUCAGCAACGCAGAAUGGGUUGUGAAACUUCUUGUCACCCAGCUCUAUGAUCCAGAUGUCACGGUCUGUCAGAUCGCCGUGAAAAUUCUGGAGGAGGCCUGUAAUCAACGCGACUACCUUGAAUUUGUGGUCAAGUGUCGUCCGUCCCUCGACCAUCUUGGUGAAAUCGGCGCGCCCCUUCUACUUCGCUUCCUCUCAACGUCAGUCGGCUAUCAUUAUUUGGAUGGUCUUGACUACAUCACUCAAGAGAUGGAUGACUGGUUCCUCGGUCGGAAUGACACAUAUGUUGGUCUUGUCGAGGCAGCUUUGUCUCGGGCCUAUGUUGAUCAGCCGAGACGCAAUAGCUUUGCGCCUGAGGAUCUUGUCGACCUUCAGGAUGUAGGGGUGGUGCCUCCGCAUUUCUAUCGUGAACUCGCGCGAACUGCGGAAGGGUGCAAGCUGUUGGAGCAAUCCGGCCAUUUCAAUGAAUUCGCGUGGACCAUCCGUGACUUUCGCAUGGAGGAAGAGGAUAAUGAGGCUCUUCUCAAGGUCAAGGGAUGUCUCUGGGCUGUGGGAAAUGUUGGAUCCAUGGAGCUCGGCGCGGCGUUCUUAGAAUCUGAGAUAGUGCAGCGGAUUGUUUCAAUUGCGCAAGAAGCCGGCGUCCUCACCAUGCGUGGUACCGCUUUCUUUGUUUUGGGUCUGAUCUCGCGAAGCAAGCAUGGAUUGAAAGUUCUUCGGCACCUGGGAUGGGAUUCUGCUGUCGACCAGAACGGCGAGUCUCUAGGGUUUUGUCUGCCUGCUGACUUCCGUCAGCUCUUUUUGAUCUCAUUUCCCGGCUUCUAUGCUGAUUCCCGGCGUCCUCCAUCGGCAAGAGUCAAGCAAGCCACGACGGAUUCAGACCCGGUCAAUCAGAAGAUUCUCAAGCAGAUUGUUGAUAUGGGGAACACUGUUCUGUCCAAGCGUUCGGCGACGGACCUGCACGGUCUCAAAUCCAAGCAGCCUGAAAGGUUCCACCAGGUUCAACUCUUUCGCAAAGCCUUGUUUAUUCUUGAAAGUCACCACUACCGUUUACCAGCUCGUCGCUUUGCGCUGGAUCUCUUCGACAAAAGUGUGAUGCGGCGAAUCGUGCUUGAAGAAGACUCAGAAUCAGAUUCUGACUCAUCCACAUAA